GGCGGGGCUCCGACCCGACUGCGCGGGCGGGGAGCUGGGCGGUCGGGUCGCCAGGGGCGGUCCCUGGGGGGCGGGCGGGGCCCGACCGGCGUUCUGUGUGGCCGCGGCCAUGAAGCCGCAGCCGCCGGGCUAGGCCCCGGGCGGCUCUAGCCCAGGGCGGCCCGUGGAGGGCCGAGCCCGACCCCGGCUCCGGUUCCCGGGCCGGCGUGCGGCUGCUCACCAUGCCGGGCAAGCACCAGCACUUCCAGGAACCCGAAGUCGGCUGCUGCGGGAAAUACUUCCUGUUUGGCUUCAACAUUGUCUUCUGGGUGCUGGGAGCCCUGUUCCUGGCCAUUGGCCUCUGGGCCUGGGGUGAGAAGGGCGUUCUCUCCAAUAUCUCGGCGCUCACAGAUCUGGGAGGCCUCGACCCCGUGUGGCUGUUUGUAGUGGUUGGAGGCAUCAUGUCGGUGCUGGGCUUUGCCGGCUGCAUCGGGGCCCUCCGGGAGAACACCUUCCUGCUCAAGUUUUUCUCAGUGUUCCUCGGCCUCAUCUUCUUCCUGGAGCUAGCAACAGGGAUCCUGGCCUUCGUAUUCAAGGACUGGAUUCGAGACCAGCUCAAUUUCUUCAUCAAUAACAACGUCAAGGCCUAUCGGGACGACAUUGACCUCCAGAACCUCAUUGACUUUGCUCAGGAAUAUUGGUCUUGCUGCGGAGCCCGAGGGCCUAAUGACUGGAACCUCAAUAUCUAUUUCAACUGCACUGACUUGAACCCGAGCCGGGAGCGCUGCGGGGUGCCCUUCUCCUGCUGCGUCAGGGACCCUGCGGAAGAUGUCCUCAACACCCAGUGUGGCUAUGAUGUCCGGCUCAAACUGGUGAGAGGGGAGCUGGAGCAGCAGGGCUCCAUCCACACCAAAGGCUGUGUGGGCCAGUUUGAGAAGUGGCUGCAGGACAACCUGAUCGUUGUGGCUGGGGUCUUUGUGGGCAUCGCUCUCCUCCAGAUCUUUGGUAUCUGCCUGGCCCAGAACCUUGUGAGUGACAUCAAGGCAGUGAAGGCCAACUGGAUCAAACAUGAUGAUGGCUACAAACUACUCAAAUAAACAAAACCUUGAAAACUACUGGCUUACGCCCACCAUCUCAGAGGUUCUGUCGGCUGCAGGGCCUCAGCAGUGCUGUCUGCCUGGGGCCCUGGCCUGGACCCACCCUGCCAACGUGUUUUCUUGGCCUGGAUAGUGUAUACAUUGAGCCAACCUUUAAAACUUGGUAUAUUUCACGUUAAAGUCCAGACCCCCAGCAUCUUGUGAAGAAUGGCCAUCUGGCCACAGCGGCUCUUCGGUGGCAUCGGCUCCUGGGACGUGUGCUUCCCGUUCUCUGAGGGACCCACCUGGCCUGUUCUGCUCACAUAAGUGCCCUGCCUGCCUGACCCUGUACGCUGGGAAUUGGCCUCCUCCACCUCUGCAAGGUUUUCCCCUGCAAAUGCUGCCAGGCUGCUGUGGGCCAAACCUGGAUUGAAGCCUGGGAGAGUGAAGAAUGGGGAGGCUGGAGCCUGCCCAGAAGAGGCCACAGCCUGGAAGGGUCUGGUCCUCCUGGGGGCUAAGAUGGGUGCAAGCGUGCCCAGGAAAGUGGCUGAUGGUUGGGAUGGAGAUCAGGAAGGUUUUGGGCAAGAGGAAGCUGGAAGCCUG